AUGUUGGUAGCUCUCUGCGCUGUUAUAUUUGGACUAGGUUUCAUAACCGCCAUAGCUACAAGCUCCACGGCAAGGCUGAAAUCACCAUUGGAACGAGUCGUCACUCGAACACUCUUAUCAAAACCUCCAGGCUCUUCCCCAGGUUCUGUCAAGGAUGGGGCUAGUAGGACGGAACGAGUGAUCCAGAUCGACGAUCGGGAUCUUAUGACCAAAGCACAAUGUGAAGCUCUUCCAUAUGGUGACUGGCGCAGACAAGCCUAUGACAAUAUUCAAUCAAUCCUCCUAGCUGAAGGCCAUGGAGCACAGAACUUCCCUUGCAUAUACGCAACUGCUGGCUUCAAGCAGAACCAGCAUCGCUUCCUGUUCAUGCACUCUGCCGACCCCGAACAACCCAGCAACAUCCGCCUGAUAGCCAAUGCCCUUCGUGCAUACUACCCGCUAUCCCACUCCCUAGGCCAGAACACCAGCCUCCUCCUCGUCCACCCCCCCUCAGCCGAUUGUUCUUCAGUCGAAGAGUACCGUCACAAAUUCUGGGCCGUCCUCCGCAGCUUACGCCUGUGCGACCUCGAAGCAUGGCCAAAAGAUAUUCCAACCAAGACUGAUGCAAGCGAAUGGACGUUCUGCUUUGACGGUGUACCGUGGUUCCUGGCCGCGCUGACACCCGCGCAUAAGCAACGCCAGUCCCGCCGCGCAGAGAAUUUCACAAUCGCUGUGCAACCAAAAUGGGUAUUCAACAAACUUUUCAAGACGCCUGAGACUCGCGAACGGGCUGUACAAGCCGUCAGGAAACUAAUGCCUGCAUAUGACCAGAUCGAAAUCAGCCCUGACCUGGCUGCGUAUGGUAGCAAGGGCUCCACUGAGGCCCAUCAGUAUUAUUUGCUUGAUGAGAAUGAGACGGCGCACUGUCCAUUUGGAGACCUUGAUUUGAAGUAA